UUCCAGUUUAUCGGCCAUGCUGCACCGAUAAUCGUAACAAUGAGGAUUUUGUUGACUGCUGUUAUUUUGGCUCUUAUUGGGCUUGUUGUUGCGUUUGAAGUUGAAGACCAAUCCAGGGAUUUAAAGAGCAAAGAAAGACAUCGAAGAUGGUUGUUCACGGACAAAUGCAAGGCACAUAGCGAUUGUGGAUCCAAUGCAUGCUGUGACUACUCGUGGUUUGGCAACUCSUGUAUUCGUAAACGAGGACUAUUCAGGAGCUGCUCUAACAACCCUAAAUGUGGAUGUAUGUGCGAAUGCCAGCAAGGACUCGAAUGUAAACAAUUCCGACUGACUAAAUGGCCAUACUAUCGCUUCUCAAUUUGCCUUCGYCCAACAACUCCUCCACCCACCGAAGAGCCUGGUUCAGGAGAUUUUGCUUAACUAUGCAAAUUAAUACAGGGUAUCUGAAUAAACAAAGCUGUCYAAUAAAUAGACUAAAAACAAAA